UAUGUAGGCUACAUUUUGAAUGGUGAAUUACCUCUGUGCCUUUUCCAGCACAUCUGCACUGACGUAAAUAAUCGUGAAAAGGCCACAGCGCUAGUGAGAUUAGAGCUAAGUAUCGUAAUAAGACACUGCCUGCAUUUACCUUGACGAAGCUGUAACAGAAAAUUCUCAACAUUAUAUUCUCGGCUACAGGAAACGUGAGCAACUCACGGACUGCAGUUUCAGGACACGAAACAAGAAGCCAAUUUUAGAUCAUCCAAAAUCUUAGGAAAGGCGGAUCUUUAUUGGCAAAUAGAGUGAACUGAUCGCAAUGGCGGAGCUUCUGCGACUGCUGCUGCGCGUGUCCGAGAAGGCCGCUAACAUAGCACGCGUCUGCAGGAGGGAGGCCCCGCUAUUUGAGCUCCUAAUCCAGGAGAAGACUGGAGACGACAAAAACAAGAAAUUUGUCCAGGACUUCAAAACGCUGGCCGACGUAGUGAUACAAGAGAUGAUCAAACACGACGUCGUUGCCCAGUUCCCAGAGAUGAAGGGUUUUAUCCAUGGAGAGGAGUCCAACAAGUUUGAGAAUGGACUGGGGGAGAGUGUCACAGUGACAGUAUGCGGGACGGAGGAGGAGACGGCGGCUCUGCUGACCACCGUGCUGGACGGCCAUGCGACGGCUACCGCUCUCCUGGCUGGAGCCAUCCACCAAGACCUGCAGGUGAAGGACGAAGCCGCAGAGGGCCUGGAGCUGCCCCUGAACCCCAGCGACCUGGGAAUAUGGAUCGACCCCAUCGAUGCGACCAGUCAGUACAUUGAGGGCCGGGAGGAGGAAGUCCAGCUCGGAGAGCUCUGUCCUUCGGGGCUCCCAUGUGCCUUGGUCCUGAUUGGAGCAUACCUGCGGGCCAACGGGGAGCCUGUCAUUGGAGUCAUCAACCAACCCUUUGCUCGCAGAGAUCCCUCAGGCAAAUGCUGGACGGGCCGGCAUUUCUGGGGGGUGUCCAGCGGGACCGUCAAUGCCUCCUCCUUGCGGAGACCUGCAGGGUGCUCCUCGGCCGAGGGCGAGCUGUCGGUGGUGCUGAGCGUGAGCGAGAAGCAGGCCAUGAAAGAUGCGCUGGGCCCUCUCUGCGGUGGCAAGCUGAUGUACGUCUCCGGUGCGGGCUACAAGAUCCUGUGCGUCAUCCUGGGCCUAGCGGACCUCUACGUUCUCUCAGAGGGCAGCACCUUCAAGUGGGACUCCUGCGCCCCCCAUGCUAUACUGAGGUCUCUGGGAGGGGGCGUGGUGAACCUUGCAGAGUGCCUCAAAGGAGGGCCUCCCACGGAACUGGACUACCACCAGCCGAGCUCCGGGCACACGGGCGCAGAGCUCUGGGCCAACCAUGGCGGGAUUGUGGCCUACCUGGACUCCAAGAGACUGGCGAGAUUGAUCGGGGCACUUUCGGGCACGAUCUGAAUCCUCAGGGUCCUCCAUGCUGGUGUUGCGAAGGAAUAGGCUGAACUGAAAAAUGUAAUCCUGGGGUGGGUCGGUGGUUUGUAUUUUGUUUGGCGUUCUGUAGUAAUUAUUAUGAGUCACUUGUAUGGUGCAAUCGGCGGGAUGUGUGAGACGCGGCACUAGGAAGUAGGGUUGUCACCAUAGUCACCGACCUUCAUAUCGUCGAUAUGGCUUUAAGAAAUAACACAAUAUAUAUUAUAUGAUAUUAUAUUUUCUCUGUUAAUAAACUAAAUUGCCAAUAUAGAAAUAAAUGAUACCCAAAUAUUAAAAACAGUAAAUAAUCCAAAUAUUUACUCACCGGUUUAUUUCUAAUGAGUCUUAUUUAAAUUAUAAAUAAUAUGCAUUAUGCAGAUUUUAUCCUGAUAAUAAUAAUAAUCAUAAUAAUAAUUGGCGGCACGGAUGGCGCAGUGGGUAGCACUGCCGCCUCACAGCAAGGAGGUCCUGGGUUCGAAUCCCCAUCGGCCGGGGCCUCUCUGUGCGGAGUUUGCAUGUUCUCCCCGUGUCUGCGUGGGUUUCCUCCAGGUACUCCGGUUUCCUCCCACAGUCCAAAGACAUGCAGGUUAGGCUGAUUGGAGAGUCUAAAUUGCCCGUAGGUAUGAGUGUGUGAGUGAAUGGUGUGUGUGCCCUGCGAUGGACUGGCGACCUGUCCAGGGUGUAUUCCUGCCUUUCGCCCAAUGUAUGCUGGGAUAGGCUCCAGCCCCCCUGCGACCCUGUUCAGGAUAAGCGGGUUCAGAUAAUGGAUGGAUGGAUAAUAAUAAUGUAUAAUAUAACUAUAGACAAUCAUAUCAGUGAUAUCUUCAAAUACCUUAGUAUACAAUAUUAUCAAACACUGUGACAACCCUACAAGGAAAUAUAGGCUUCUAGAGUUCAGCUGCUGCCAUUCAAAAACUUUUUCUAAACUGCUUUGAAUUACAAAGUGAUCUAUGUAAAGCAACAUGGGGAAAUUGUUUGUGGGCAGCUUCUGUGCCACAAUGCCCGGUGUUUAGGGAAGAGGUGUGGAGACAGUGGCUUAUCUAAAGUAAAGCAUGUCUCCGUGUAAAACAAUACCAGGAUACAGAGAGGAAUGAAAGGAGGUUUGACUUUAUUUUAAAUAAUUUCUCUGGCUACAUCUCCAUGUUUGGAGUUUUCAAAAUGUGUGUACUUCUAAUGAGGUGUUUUGAAACAACAUUUAAUUGGGGUGGUGUUUGGGUGAUUAAUACUUUUCAAUUGAAAUGGUUGCUAUCUGGAUAGCUCAACUUAAUAGAAUAAGAAGAUAAUAAUUUCUAAUAUGGUAUAUGUUUUAGUCAUAUUAAAUCAUUGAUAGGGGUAUCAACUGGGCUUCUCGCUCCAAUGUAGGAAAUAUAGGGUUAUCCCAAAUACAGCCUUUUCCUUCUCCGGCAUCACAUUCACAAGCUAGACUGUAUCUAUAUCUUAACACUUUUUUAAUAUAUUUUCUUUUCAUUCCUGGUGUGUUGUCAGGUUAGUUUAAUAUGUUCAUCAGGAUUGCUACUACUGUUUGCUAAGCAGUAUUGCUAAAUUUGUAAUUUAAUAAAAUAAAAUAAGAAUAUAUUUUCCUUUUUAAAGCA